AUGCGCUAUGAAAAAAUGACAAAGGGUGUGGCAAUUGUGACGGGCUCGUCCCAGGGACUCGGCAAAGCCAUUGCGCACCGCCUCUCUUGUGAUGGAUUCGCCGUUGUGAUCAAUGACAUCGCUAGCAAAGGGGACCAAAUCGAUGCGGUCGUUCAGGAGCUUAGGGCUUCAGGAGGAAAAGCAAUUGGCAUCGCUGCCGAUGUGACUAAACGAGCCGAGGUCCAGAACCUGGUGGACGUAGCGACUGAGCAGCUUGGUCCCCUGCGGGUCAUGGUCGCUAAUGCCGGUCUCGGUCACGCAGACGGCAUAUUCGAACUGACCGAGGAGCACGUUCAGAGGAUUCUCGACGUUAACGUCGCCGGAGUUUUCAAUUGCUAUGUCGUCGCGGGAAAGAAGAUGCUCGACCAGCGCAAGGGUGGCAAGAUUAUCGGAGCCACGAGUAUUGCGGCUUUCAAAGGGAUGGCAAUGGUCUCGGCGUACACUGCCUCCAAGUGGGCCGUUAGGGGUCUGACACAGGUAUGGCUUCUGGUCAAUUGCUACGCACCAGGAAUCGUGGGUACGCCGAUGUGGGAGGUUCUGGAGGACAAGUUGGAAAAGACAGGCACCCCCAAAAAGGAAGGCCUGAAUCAGAUGCAAUCUCUAGCGACAACAAUCACCACACUUGGAAGGGUGUCGGUACCAGAAGAUGUAGCCAAUGCCGUGAGCUUCUUAUCCGGCUCUGACUCGGAUUGGGUGACUGGACAGAGCUUGGUGGUAGAUGGUGGCAUUGCGUUCAAUUAG